AUGUGUAUUUUUUGUAAUCAUGAAAAAAAGGGAGGAUUUGAAAAUACUGCGAUAGGAACAUGGGCUAAGGGUAUUAGUUUAAUAUUUUGCUCUUCAAUGUUUUUAUUACACUUUAUUAAUGAUAACGAGCUAAAAUUAUUAAAUAAAACGCUACCGGUAGGAGAACAUAAAAUGAUUUACUACUUAAGCAUAUAUAAUUUGAUCGGGGCAGCGGCACUUUUGUUAUUUUCAUUAUUGGGUCAUUUUAUUUAUAAACCCCUUUUAAGGCCAAUAUAUUUAAGUUCAUUUGUCGUAUCAUUAUUUUUAAUAUCAUCAGGAGUAUAUACAACAUCAAUAAGCAAAAACAUUUCUUUAAAAAUUAUCGGAGUGAUGGAUGCAUUAAAAUACCAUCCAGAUUAUAUGUUACUAAAUAAAAUAAAUCAAUUAAAUAGUGAUCAAAAUGAUAAAGUAAUACAAGGGGAUGAUGAAGUGGAUAUAGAUAUUGAAGAUCAAUCAGACGAUUUUAAAGACAUAAGUUUUUUUGAUGCAAAUAAACUUUUAGAAAUGAUCAAAGAUAGACAAUCAUUUCUUGAAACUAAAAAGGAAAAAUUGCUAAAAAGAUUAACCAGAGAUGAUUUAAUGAAAAUGUUUAAUGAAAUAAAAGUAACCAAUAAUAAUGAACAUAAAAUUAUGAUAGAAAACAAAAUAUUAGAAUUAUAUGAACAAAUUAAAAAUGUUGAGAGAAACUUUAAUAUAUAUGAUAACUUCUAUAAAUUUAUAGAAAAUAAUUCUCCCCUUUUCAUAACAAAUUCUGAAAAAAUAAAAAUCUUUGCGCAAAAAUUUCAAAGUAUUUAUAAUUAUUAUAAUAAGUCUAUUUUUAAUAUUUCAAAGUAUGAGUUAGUAAAACAUGAUAAUGAAAUUAUUAAAGUAUAUUUAGAUUCGAUAGAAACAAUUAAGAAAGUAAGAGAAAAAAAUCAGAAUGCAAAGUUAUUUGAAUAUAUAGAUGACCUUAAAAAAAGAAACAUACUUAUUCUCUCUUCCGCAUUAUUACUGAUGUCUUUUAUGUACAUCCAUAAAGGCGCAACAUUAACUUCAACAAGCUCUAUGUCAAUAACUUUAAUAUACGCCCCCUCUAUGUCCUACCUAAUUACACUUGCUUGUAUUUUCGUUUGUAGCGGUGUUUUUUUCUUUUCUAUUGUUGGAUUGAUAUUAUAUAUUUUUAGUUUUAUAUUAAUAUUUUUUUUAAUAUUUUCCCAAUGUUUUUGUGAAAAGAUAUUCAAGUUUUUUAUGGGAUUAAUAUUUUUAUUUUUAUUUAUUUUUUGUUUUUUAAUUGGAUAUAUCUUAAUAGAAGAUUUUAAUGAAGGCUCAAAAGUAUUUAAUGAAUACAAAAAAAAUGAAUUCAAUGAUUUUUUUUGGGUAUUAUUAAGCAAAGGAUCAUAUGAGCGUUUUAAAAGUUUUAUUUUAUUUUCAAAUGGACAAAUGUUUUUAGUAUGUAUUGCUUUAUGCGCCUUUAUGACGAUAUAUUCCCUUUACAGCGUAUUCUACACUUUCCGUUCUAUUUAUUCUUAA